CAGUGUUCGUUACGCAGACGCGUCUACUCACUGCAACAACAACAACACCGUUGUCACUUCCUGCCGCCGAGACGACGCUCGCUAUACUCAUCGGUCAUUCGUCGGCGCCCGUUGGUCAGACGGUAUCCAUGUUUUUUUUAUUCCUUUAGUUCGGUAUACGAUUAUCACGUUUAUUUUUCUCAUUCGGCCGGCGAUCGAUUAACGCCGUCGGGUCUAGUAUUUUAUUCCGUCCAUUUCGUCUUCCCGCGCCCGUAGAAUUAAACGCCUUUUAUCGUGAUGAAGAAUGUCUACAGCGUCCUCGUUGUGCUGUGCAUCAACCUCGCAUUUUCUCAGAGGACACCCACAAUAUCUCAUAUAACACAAAAACCUAUAAAAGAUAUUGGUGGCACAGCGGAGAUGACAUGUUCAGUUUUAUAUGCUAUGGAUUUCCCUGUUUUAUGGGUUAAGGUUGAUAAAGAAAAAAUAACUGAACCUGUUAUGCUUUCAUCUGGAAGUACACUUAUUAUAAAAGAUUCAAGAUUUUCAUUAAGACAAGACAUUGACAGCACUAGUUACACUCUACAGAUUAAGGAUAUUCAAGAAACAGAUGCUGGUUACUAUCGCUGUCAAGUGUUGCUUGGGUUGAACAACAAAAUAUCUGCUGAUGUAGAAUUAGAAGUGCGCAGACCUCCUAUUAUUUCUGACAACUCAACUAGAUCAUUGGUUGUAAAUGAGGGUCAACCAGUAAAACUUGAAUGUUAUGCUGGUGGAUUUCCUAGUCCUAGAGUUUCCUGGAGACGUGAAAAUAAUGCUAUUUUACCCACAGGGGGAUCAAUUUAUAGAGGUAAUAUUUUGAAAAUUCCGGCUAUAACUAAAGAAGAUCGCGGAACUUAUUAUUGUGUAGCUGAAAAUGGUGUUGGAAAAGGUGCCAGGCGUAAUAUUGCCAUAGAGGUAGAAUUUGCACCAGUUAUAACUGUUCCUAAACCUCGUUUGGGACAAGCUCUACAGUAUGACAUGGAUCUCGAAUGUCAUGUUGAGGCUUAUCCUCCACCAGCCAUUAUUUGGAUAAAUAAUGGAAUACAACUAUCCAACAAUCAACAUUAUAGAAUCUCCCAUUUUGCUACUGCAGAUGAAUUUACUGACACUACAAUACGUAUUAUCACAAUUGAAAAACGUCAAUAUGGUGAUUAUAUUUGCAAAGCAUCAAAUGUAUUGGGAACUGCUGAAGUAACAGUUAAUCUUUAUGAAACAAUAAUUCCAGUAUGCCCGCCAGCCUGUGGCCAACCAUCAUCACACUUAAGAAGCUCCAGCAUCAAAACUGCUAGUGUGAAUGUUUCAUUCUUGAUUGCUAUAUACCUAUUCUUUGUUCACCUUUAUUUUUAAAUUAGCCUUCCGUCCAAGAACAAUUCAUGGAUAUAAUAGUGUAGCCAAAGGAAUUAAAAACCUUUACCUACAAUGUCCAUAGUAUAACAUUUGUUUACAACCUCCUCCCCUUUGACUUAUCCAAGACUACGCCAGGGGUAUAAAAGCAUCACAACUGCCUUUAUUUUAUACUUGAUUGCUGCAUACAUAUUACAUAUCUAGA